GCCCGUAGGGUUUGAGGCCACGGUUGGCUGCCGGCAGAGCCUGGGCCUACCCCGCCUUGUCCUACAUCUGGUUAGGGGAGAAAGGAGAGGAAGGCCUGGGGAGGAAAGAUCUGAAUGAAAAACACAUCAGCUGGGAGAAGUGAGGCUUCGAACCUGGAGCUAUCCAAUGAGGAGGCCCAGGAGGCUACAGAGUGACUGGAAAUUGUCUACAGUAACCAGCUUGGGGUUGGUGUGAGAACCAGCAAGUGAGGGGAAGAAGAAAAACCACCAGCUAGCCUUCUAAUGGACUCUUAAAGUGACCGGGCCUCCUGCCUUGUCCCCAGGGGAACCUGGAGCCUGUCCUGCCUUACCCCAGGCCAUAAUGAUUCUACGAUUCAUCGCACUUGCUCUGGUGACAGGGCACGUAGCGGGAGAGACGAGGAUCAUCAAGGGUUACGAGUGCACCCCUCACUCCCAGCCAUGGCAGGUGGCCCUCUUUCAGAAGACACGGCUGCUCUGUGGGGCAACCCUCAUCGCCCCCAAAUGGCUCCUGACAGCAGCCCACUGCCGCAAGCCCCAUUACGUGAUCCUCCUCGGGGAGCACAACCUGGAGAAGACAGAUGGCUAUGAGCAGAAGCGGACGGCCACUGAGUCCUUCCCCCACCCCGGCUUCAACAACAGCCUCCCCAACAAAGACCACCGCAAUGACAUAAUGCUUGUGAAGCUGUCGUCUCCUGCCUUCAUCACCCGAGCCGUGCGGCCGCUCACACUGUCCUCACGCUGCGUCGCCCCAGACACCAGCUGCCUCAUUUCUGGAUGGGGCACAACGUCCAGCCCCCAGUUGCGCCUGCCUCAUUCCCUACGAUGUGCCAAUGUCUCCAUCAUCGAACAUAAGGAAUGUGAGAGAGCCUACCCGGGCAACAUCACAGACACCAUGCUGUGCGCCAGCGUUCGGAAAGAGGGCAAGGAUUCCUGUCAGGGUGAUUCUGGAGGUCCUCUGGUCUGUAAUAGAUCUCUGCAAGGCAUCAUUUCCUGGGGGCAGGACCCGUGUGCAGUCACCAGAAAGCCCGGUGUCUACACGAAAGUCUGCAAAUACAUUGACUGGAUCUACCACACUAUGAGAAACAACUAG